AUGACAGACCAGGUGAAGGCCGACGCAGAGGCCCUCGUGCCAAAAUUCAAGCUGGAGCGGGUGCUCAACCAAGACCAGGCUGGGAGACGAGCGUCCCUGUACGGGGCCAUCGAUGGCAAGCCGGCGCUGCUCGUGCUGGAGAGGGCUCCCUUCCCCGAGUCGGAGGCGUACCUGGGGAGCGUGCCGGCGUCGCUGGCCAAGCUGAAGAACCUGGGAGCCAACGACAUCUACCAUUGGUACAUGGCGAGGGGUGGUGGCAGCGGCAGCAACGGCGAGGAAGGGGACUUCUUCGCGGAUCUGAAGAUCAACCUCAUCUACCCGUGCACAGAGACGCACGUCAAGAAGUACAGCAAGCAAGGGGUGCGGUUCGUGACCGAGACGCCGGAGAUCUACGAGCAACACGUGCGGCCAUACAUGCAGAGCAAGCGAGAGGCUGGGCGCCUCAACUGGGUAUUUAAUAUUCUAGAUGGGAAGACUGAGGUGGAGGACGUUAUAUACAGGACGGCACCGUGGGGACGGGAGGACGAGAAAGACAAGGAAGGGUUCCUGCUGCUGCCGGAUCUGAACUGGGACCGCACCACGCUCGAGGCGCUUCACCUGCUGGCGUUGGUCGAGCGGCGAGAUCUCUGGUCGCUGCGGGACCUGAAGAAGAAGCACGUCGAGUGGCUUCGCCACAUGAAGCGGAACCUGAUCGAGGCGACAACCAAGACGUACCCCUCCAUCGAGGCGGACCAGCUGAAGCUAUAUGUGCAUUACCAGCCCACGUACUACCACCUGCACGUGCAUAUCGUUCAUGUUGCGCUCGAGGCGGGGGCCACGCAGGCGACUGGAAAGGCGGUCGGAUUGGAGAGUAUUAUCGAAACCCUGGACAAGAUGGAGGGGGAUGACGAGGCAGGGAUGGAUGGUGUGUCGAUGAGCUUUACGCUUGGGGAGCAGAGCGAGAUAUGGACGGAGAUAUUCGAGCCGAUUAAGAAGAGUGGUACAGCUUCUCGAUCGCAAUGA